GCCGAACCACGAUUUCGCCCUUACGGAUAUACAUGGCGGUUGGCCGGCAACGCAGGCGGUCCACGCAGGAGCCCCGCACCGCUAGCUACAGCUUGGGGCUACCAAAUGAAGCUCGAUCUCAGAGGCGCACCGGCGUUCUGAGAAGCUUUCUGGUCUAGCGCGCGGCGGUCGCCGUGGAGCUGGCAGCCCUGAAGGCCAACCACGGCCGCGCCGGCCCAGCUGGGCCCAGAGUCCGGCGCCGCUGGGUGGCGCCAGGCCGCCGCCGCAGACGGGCGCCGCGAGAGGGGGAUGCGGCAGCAGUCGCCGCCGCCGCAGCGCCGCGGGCUCGGGCGCGGCCUGGGCCGCCAGCGGUUGCCGCGCCCCCCGAGCCCUCCCGCCCGCGGCCUCGGCGAGGGCGUUGUUUGCAGGCGACGCCUGGCAACCGCAUGCGGCGGUGCAGGGCCCGGCGUGGGCCGCUUGCAUGGCAUGCGGGUGCUGGGCGCCGUGCCGGCGGCGGCUCGCGAGCCGGCCCCGCGGCGGCUGGGCUCCCGCGUGGCAGCCGCGGGCCGCCGUGCUGCUCCUGCUGCCUGCGGAGCCCGCUGGCGGCCGCGACGCCGAGUGGCAGCGCGGCCCUGCGGGCUCGUCUGCAAGCGCGGCCGGGCGCCCCUGGCUAAGUGGGAGGGCGCGCGCCGCGGGCCACCGCAGCGCCGUCGCUCCUGAUCAGCACCGUGUGAUCUGCUCCGGCGGCGGCCAUGGAUGGCGGGCGCGCGGGGAUCGCCAGGCGAGCGCUCGGCCCUGCGUUCGAGGGACAAGGGCGGCGGGCCUGCGACGGAAGCACGGGGGGCAGGAACCAGAGCAGGACGCCGCCUUGCACGACUUGGA